AUGUCAGUACCGAAACUGCUCGUUAUUGGCGGGAAUGGUUUUCUCGGUUCAGCCAUAUGUAAAUCUGCUGUAACGAAAGGAUGGCAAGUAAGCAGUAUGUCAUCAUCAGGUAAACCAUACACUACACCAGCAGGUCAUUCGCCAUCAUGGGUGUCCGGCGUGACUUGGCAUUCUGGAUCUGCGUUUGAUCCAUCAUCAUAUACAUCUUUAGUUGGACAGUCAACAGCGGUAGUUCAUACAUUGGGUAUAUUACUUGAAGAUACAGGAUACAAAGAAUCAGUUAGGAAUGGUGAUAUAAUAGGUUUGACCAAGAGUCUGUUCUCUACUAUAGGUGCGAGUGGGAGUGGUAGUGGAAAUCCGUUAAAGAGUGAGAAAGAAAGACAAAGGGGUUAUGAAGGUAUGAAUAAAGAUUCUGCUCUGAAAGUACUAGAUACUUUCCUAUCGACAUCGACAUCAACACCAACACCAAAUCCGAAACCCACAAUAUCAACAAAUCCAUUCUCAUUCAACAGAAAGCCCUCAUCAGACACAAUGAAUCAAUCAAGACAAUUCGUCUAUAUAUCAGCUGCAGAUGCUUUCAGACCUGUGGUACCUUCGAGGUAUAUCGAGACUAAACGAGAAGCAGAAUUGGAAAUUGCAAGGAAAUGUCAAGAAGAUGGAGGAGCAAAAGUGAAACCCAUAUUUAUGAGGCCAGGACUCAUGUACCAUCCUCAUAUCAGACCAUUAACGACACUUCCAGCAUUCUUGAUUGAUAUGUCAUCAAAAUUAUCAACAGCAAGUGGUAUAGCAAAUCCAUUCGCAUCCAAAUCACCUCUGCAUGGAAUGAUGGAAUCGCUAAGGACAUAUCCAUUACACGUGGAUCAUGUAGCCAGCGCAGUGUUGAGAUGUAUUGAAGAAGCUAGAGAACCAAGUGGAGAAGAACAUGAUUCGUGGGGAGGAGCAAGGGUAGUGGAAGUUCCAGAGAUGAGAGACUGGGCUGGUCUAGGUAAGAACAAGGACAAGAUCCAAGUCGGUCAUCUAUAG